AUGUUCUUCCAUUCAAUACGACUAUUUGCCACUUCUUCAUCUUCAUCAUCAUUUGCUAACCAAAACUACUACCAACUAUUAGAACUACCUACAAAUGCCACAAUAAAAGAAAUUAAACUACAAUUCAAAAAACUCUCCAAAAAAUAUCAUCCUGAUUUGAAUCAACUUUUAGAUGAUGAAGCUAAACAAGAAAACAAUGCCAAAUACACUGCCAUGGUCAAUGCAUAUGAUACGUUAAAAGACAUCAAAAGGAAACGUGCUUAUGAUCAAUCAUCGUCCUCAUCAGGAGGAGGAGGAGGCUCCUUCGCUACCACUACCUCCAAUCGUCGAUCAAAUGAAUAUAACAAGUACUAUGGUGAAGCAAAAUAUUAUUCUCGUAGUGGGAAAUCAACAUAUUCAGCCUCAGGAUUAAAUACCAAACGACAUAAAGUUAAAUACCAACAUAGUGGAUCAACAGGUACAAAUCAACUGCAUUUUUCUGGGGUACAUAUAAAUCACGGAGAUCGAUAUGAUGUACCUCAUUUUGAUUAUGAUAAACACUUAAAUCGUAAUUUACGAUUUGAACAACGUAUUAUUGAUAAAUAUAUGGAUCCAGUUACCAAGGAAAAGAUUUUGAAUCAAUUGCAAAGUUCCGGUGAGCAUAUUUCUGAAGAAUUGAAAACUAAACAUUUGUUACGUCAUGUAAAGAUGAUUAAACCAGGGUAUGAACAAAAUGGAGAAAUCACAAAUAACGGAACAACUACGGCUAAUGCCACUGGUACUGGUAGUGCUACUGCCUCCAGUGGAUAUAGAACUAACUAUGACGCCCCGAAGUAUACUCACAAUGUCAAAUACGGUCAAAGUACAACUUACCAAGGUGCAGCAACGUAUCAAAACUUGUAUCAAAAACCCAAGACAUCAAAUUAUGGAUACAAUAGUGAAACUGACAAUGAAGAUCAAAAUGGAGCUGCUAAAUUAUUUACUGCUUUGGGUGCUGGUACUUCGUUAUAUAUUCUAUACAAGAUAAUUUUUUAG